GGUGGUCCCUGGGAAGCGAGAAACGGGCUGGAAACGGGGUAAGCAAGUAUCGUAUCAGAUGACCAAUGCUGGAUCCUCGCGAGUGUGAGGCGUUUGUGGGCCUGACAGUUCAACAGAAUAGGUGAUAUGUUUUACUAAGAGAGAAAAGAGGUGAAUGGUGCGUCGAAAUGUGAGGUAAAAUGUAAAUUAUCCAACAUCGUAAAAUUUUAUUAGAAUCUUUGGGAUCCAGUGAGUCCGGAAACGUUUCGUGUGACGUAAUGGCUUCUGUCAAAGUAGCAGUCCGUGUUAGACCUUUCAACCAAAGGGAAAAAGAUAUGAAUGCUAAACUUAUUGUGGAAAUGAAUGGAAAGAGAACCCGGAUUAUCAAUGCAAAGGUAGCAGUUUGUAAAGACAGUGAUGGUGCACGUGAACAUUAUAAAGAUUUUACUUUCGAUCAUUCGUAUUGGUCUUUUGAUCCAUCUGAUUCUCACUAUGCUUCUCAGGAACAGGUUUUCAAUGACUUGGGCACAGAUGUUAUAGAAAAUGCCUUUGAAGGAUACAACGCUUGUGUUUUUGCAUAUGGACAGACAGGAAGUGGAAAGACUUUUACAAUGAUGGGUUCUUCAGAUAAUUUGGGCUUAAUUCCUCGCAUCUGUAAAAUGUUAUUUACACGAAUGCAGGAAGGAAAGGAACAAGGAGCUACAUACAGAACUGAAGUAUCAUACCUUGAAAUUUACAAUGAACGAGUCAAAGAUUUGCUUAGAUCAAAUGCCAGUCAUACUUUAAAGGUUCGAGAGCACCCUCGAUUAGGCCCUUACGUUCAGGAAUUAUCAAGGCAUCUUGUCAUGGAUUAUGAAGAUAUCAGUGAACUAAUGACUCGUGGCAAUUCUCACAGAACAACUGCUGCAACAAACAUGAAUGAUGUGAGCAGUCGAAGUCAUGCAAUUUUUACUAUCAUGUUUGUUCAGGCAGGUUUUUCGAAUGAUAUGCCCAGUGAGACAAAAUCAAAAGUACAUCUGGUUGAUCUUGCUGGCAGUGAACGUGCUGACACCAGUGGUGCAACUGGGCAACGACUCAAGGAAGGAGGGCACAUUAAUAAAUCUCUCGUGACCUUGGGCUCUGUGAUCUCAGCUCUUGCUGAAAAUUCAUCAGGAGGCAAUCAGGGGAAACCAGUUCGGCAGGUCUUCAUCCCAUAUCGAGAUUCAGUUCUUACUUGGCUUCUAAAAGACAGCCUUGGAGGCAAUUCAAAGACUAUCAUGUUAGCAGCUGUUUCCCCUGCGGAUUGCAAUUACGGGGAGUCAUUGAGUACUCUACGAUAUGCUAACCGUGCAAAGAAUAUAAUUAAUAAGCCAACCAUCAAUGAAGAUCCGAACGUAAAACUCAUUCGAGACCUUCGAGCUGAAAUUUCAAAGCUAAAAUUGUUGCUGGGAGAUGGUUUUCCUGCAGAAGCACAACCUCAAAUGCUAGCACAACUACAACGCAAGCAAGCUCAAGAAAAGGAACUCUGUGAAGAAUGGGCAGAAAAAUGGCGGGAGACUCAACAAAUUCUGAGAGAGCAACAAGCUUUGGGGCUACGGAAAUCAGGCUUGGGUGUAGUGCUCGACUCUGAUCGUCCUCAUUUAGUUGGUAUUGAUGAUGAUGUUACCAGUACAGGUGUCACAUUGUACCACCUCCAGCAGGAUGGUGACACUCGAUUAGGAUCAGAUCCCAAUGCUGACAUAGUGCUGAGUGGUCCUGGCUUGGAGCCCAAACAUUGUCGAAUUGAACUAAAAGAAGGAGUUGCCACACUAGUACCAUGUCCUCCUGCCCAAUGCUGGGUUAACACUGCUGCUGUUGACAAACCCACUCGACUUUUUCAAGGAUGUAUCCUAUUGCUUGGUCACACAAACAUGUUCAGAUACAAUGAUCCAGUGGAGGCAGCAAAGCUCCGCAAGGAAGGAUCACAGACCCAGCUUAACCUCUCAAGACAGUCACUUCUCUCUUGGUCGUCCCCAGACCUGGCAUGGUCUUUAGAAAAUUUGAAUAUAUCUAGAGAAGAUGAAGAGCACACAGAGGAAGUAGAACUACAACAUGUUCUAGUACAAAAGGAACAAGAAUUUAAGCAGGAUCAGCCGGGACAAGAAUUAGAUUGGAAACAUCAGCAACAAGAGAAAUGCUUGGCACUGGAAGCAGCCCAGCGGCAGCUUCAGGAGGUUCUUCUUGAAUGCAUGCUGUGUACUGGCAGCCAGGUGAGACAGGGAGUCCAGGGCAAGUUGGCAGUUCUUGAAGGCUCAGGUGGACAAGUGUCGGGCGACAGUGUACGGCUAGCGGAAACCCCUCAGCGUCAUCUACACAUGCAGGAAAGACUGCAGUUGGAGGAACAGUAUGUAGCCCAAUGUCGAAGAUUAGCUGAUGACUGGGAAAGAUUAGAACGGCAGCAGCAGGAUGGGUUGGCAAGUCUGCAGAGUCGUGAGGCUGAACUUUGGCGACGUAAACAGCUGUUAGAACAGGAGAGGAAUCGCCAGCAACAGGAGUCUAGUGCUUUCUGUGAUAUGCAUGUGCUGUGUCACUGGCACCAGGUUGACAGGGAGUCAGGGCAGUUGGCAGUUCUGAAGGCUCAGGUGGACAAGUGUCGGCGCCAGUGCAGCUGGGAAACCCCUCAGCGCUCAUCUACACCAUGCCAGGUGUCAGAUAGUACAGAAAGGAUCACCAAUGCUAACGAAGAUCAUGAAAGCAUUGCUUGUCAAGAGAGUUUGGAGAGUUUGCUAAGUAAUGCAGAUGACCUAGCAAAUUCAACUGUCCAAGAUUCCUGUAUUUCUGAACAACAGCCAGCUUAUGAAUCCAGUCCUGAAUCCUGGGCAAGUUUGGAACCCAGUGGAGCCGGAGUUGAAGCAAUGAGGGAAUUGGCUAGUUCACAUCGGCAGGAGCUGGCAGCAUUAGAAACAGAGUUGCGGACUCGUGCUCGUGCCCUUGCUGAGCGACGCCACACUCUUGACCAGAUUGAUCUUCAGCUUGUGGACAUCGCAUCGUUGCUUCAAGCAGGCAGUGCACAGUUCGCAGCUUUGCGCCGUUCAUUGGCUCAACGCCCUCGAGAACAGCUGCAAGAGAUGUUGCGCCGCAAGCAAUCGCUGUCCUUGGAUUUAAGACGUGCUGCUCGUCCAGCAAUUUGUGGAGAGAUUCCCAGUGAGGAAGCUACAGUUGGCACUGUGUCUACCGAGGAUGAUGAGUGCACUAGUGCUGAUAGCUCAGCCAGCACAGUCAGUACAGCCAGUAUCUCUGAGGCAUCACCACAUCCUUGCAUUUCUAGUGCAGGUGCACCAAAUCCUGCAUCACGUACUCCCUCCAGUUCUCUGGACACAGCUGACACUUUCCAUACAGCCACUAGUCCAGGGCCAAUUGAGCCACCUCCUCCCCAACCCCCACCCCCACCUCUAUCACCGUCACUACCCUUACAGUCUUCACCACCACCACCUCCACCACCACCACCACCACCACCACCACCACCACCACCUCCACCUCCACUUCUACCACUUCUUUGCCCUGUACUUCUAUCUCCUGAAGGUCCUUAUUCGAUUGCUGUUGGAGAAGAAGUAGAACAGGCAGAAGAAGCAGAAGAAGGAAACUGUUCCAGUAUUAGUGCUGAUUCACAUAAGCGUGCAUUAUCAGAAGUUACCUCUGGUUGUCACUCAUGUAGCUCUUUUGAGCAUGUGUCUCCGCAUACACCUCUUGUUUCGUCUCCGCAACACAGUCAAGAACCGCCUCAGCAGGAGCAGCAGAAGAUACAGCAACCUGAGCCACGCCGGCGACAUAGACAUCAUGGAAAGGCAAUGGUGAACAGCCGCCGAAAAUUUGUACUUCCAGUUGAGACCCAGGCCCUCACAGUAGCUGAAGCAAUGCGUGAAAUGCAAGAUCUGUGCCAUCGUGUUGCUCAACACAAGUUAAACAUCAUGCGUUGCCUUGAUCAUGAUUGUGAUCGCAAUCAACUUAACCGCCAAAUCGCAGAGCUUCAAGAACUUCAGCGACAGUAUGUACGUCUAGAGUUGGUUCUCGAACAAGCACAACUGAGUGGCAGUAGUGAGGACUCUGAUGAUAUCUCCACUUCUGCUGAAGAUGGGUUGUCAGAACUACUUGGUGAUGCUUUGCGCCUGGAAGGGAGUGAUGUGAUGGAGGGCAGCCCAGCACGACGCCUCUCACUGAAUCUUCACCAGCGUUUACUUCAAGGGCGCCUUGGUUCACCAGUUAGUCCAAUUCUGUAUACAUCAUGUGGCCAUGGUGGCAGCCUAGAUGAUCAAAGGAAUACAAGUGUCAGUGGACCCUAUGACUCAUGGGUUCAUAUUCCUUCGUAUGUGUUGCGUGGUUCUGGCUAUUCUGCUCAUUUUGAAUAUGAGCUACGUAUGUGUGUUGGUGGUGAACGAUGGAUGCUGAUGCGACGUUACCGCCGCUUUCGAGAAUUGCAUCUCACUAUGUGCAGCAAAUAUGGUCGUCCUGUUUCAUCUUUACCAUUCCCUCCGCGGAAAUUUUUUGCAAAGACAUCUGAUGCUGUGGCACGACAACGUAGACGCCUUCUAGAAGCGUACCUACGGCAACUGUUUGCUACUUGUAGUGGCAUUGAAAGCUGUCCAUUGUUUGCAUGCCGUGAUGCACCAUCUCGUCUUGCUUUAUUGGAGUUUUCUUCUUUCUUUCGCAAGGGCGCUUUUGAAAUUGCUAAGUGUGGCACCAGCUAGUGGAGGGCACGGCGGGAUCACCUGCCGACUCAGGCACCAUGCUGGUGCCCGCCUGCCCCUGCAGCUAGUGCACCGUCUUUGAGCAACAGAGAUGCCCACAGUACUGCUGCAACGGCUUUUGCAUAGGGGACUGACUUUCUUCCUGAAAUAAUAUGUUACAUGUUAUUUUCUUCUCUUUGAUCAAUAUUGUAGCACAGACAUAUUGGUAGAAAUAAGCUUAGCACUCUGUAGAAAUUCAAACAUUCGCUUGACAAAUAUUACAUGGAAAUAUCUGCAAUUCUCGUAGUAAUCAUAAUAGCAAUUUUCCCUUUGUGUUUAAUUAUUUCUUUUGUUUCAGAACCAUUAUUUUGGUUCAUUUGUUGGUUUGCUUUUAUUAAAGUUAUGAAAGUUAAUCAUAUCAGGCAUGAAAACAAAAACAUAAAAACAAAGCAAAUAUACAAAUAAUGCCUUUUUUUUUAAUUGUUGCUACCCUAAUACCUUAAAUACAUGCUGCAAUUACUUGCAAAAUACAAUUGUGUAAUGUGUGCAUGACAACACAUAUUUUGCAUGGUUAUAAAGAUCAAAUAAACAAAAAUUGGGGUAAAUUGCAAGGUAGAUAUUACUUCAGUAUUGACCGUGUUAUGUAGACUACAGAAAUGUUUGCUUGUUGUAUACAUUUAUUAUGGUGUGGAUUGAACAUAUCUGUGAUAAGAGAAUCAUAUGAUGGAUACAACUCAUGUGUUGCUUGUAAUCAACUCAUGGUUUACUAAAGGGUUGGUAGUGAACCUCAUUAUCUUGCAUUAUCCUCUCUGAGUUAACAAAACUUUUUUAUGAUUUGAUAAUGAAAUUAACUUAAGUAUCAAUUUAAAUUCUAUUUAAAUCACAUUUUUGUUUUUCUGUCAAAUUGUGAACACUAAGUUGUAUCUUGAAUUGUCUAAGAGCUGCUUAUGUUUGCCAAUCCUGAAAUUGGAAAUGAAAUGUUUUAUUUUUUCUUCACGAUCUCAUAAUAUUAUUCACCCAUUAUUUUUAUAAAGUUGCAAGUUGAGUACUUUUGUUGACUAAAUACAACCUUCAAAAUACUCCAUUUGUUGCCUUAGGAAGAUUUGAAUCUCAUUGGUGACUGUGCUUGAAAUUUGAGUGUUUUUUCCCAAAGAUUCCACUGCUUGUUCAUUGUUGCGGGUAUUGUUGCCAAAAUGUUUUAGAUGUUCUAUACAACAGAGGUUUGCUAUUUUUCUGAGUAUAAUGUACAUCAGCUCUUGUUGAGCAUGUAGAAAAUGCAAUAUGGUUUUUAAUACAUAGGAUUAAUAUUAAAGCUAAGAUUUCUUAAUAGUGAAGUGAAGAUGUUUAGUAUUGGAUGGUCAAACUUAUGUAAUGUACAAGUCUAACUUGGCCUCUGCUUCCUCAAAUGAAGCAAUUCUUGUGAAUGUUGUAGAUAACUGAAAGCAUCCAAAGUUAGGAUCUGUAAAUGUAUUUAAUAAUAUGAAAUAAGACUUAAUGUUGCAGCACAUUUUCUCCUGCAACAUAUUAAGUGUGUACUGGUCUGUAUUUCUCAUUAUGCUUUAAAGGUACAAUAUCCUCAGAAGCUCAUGAUGAAAACAAAAGUUUACUUAAGCCAAUGACUUACAACCAUCCUACUGAGAGUAGUAAAAGUAAUAUGUUAUGAUUGUUUAUAUAGACAUGCACAUAAAGUUUGCAUUAAACAAUGUUUCUUUAAUGCAAAUGAUUUGAAAGAAGUAGCACAUUAGUCUUUCAAAAAGUUCGUUUAUUUUUCAGUUUUUAUUGUUAAUUUAUAUUCAUUAUUUGUAAAUGUGUUGUUUAAUAAAGAAUGGAGAAUAGAGAUGUGCUUCUAAGGAUCCAAUUUUCAGUUUAUAACAGUGAUAGUAAUGCAGUGUUUUGAUCAGAUUCAUGGGCAAAAAUUUCACAGAUUAGAGAAGUAAAUUUUAUUGUCUAUAGUUUUCUUAGUAUUUAUCAAGCGUAAUAAAGAAUUUUAAUCUUAAAGAAUCAAUGUUCUGGAAGUUUUAAAUGGUAAGAGAGCCUACCGCAUUUCAAGAUUUUUUUGUCCAUGUGCCUCAUUUUCUUACAGUUGUGGGCCAGUUUAAAUAGUGAACAUGAUGUGCAUUUCUUCAUGAGAUUGUAAUGCAAAGAAGGAAAUGCAAAUCUAGUUUAUAUCUGUUUUAGAAAAUUAUUUGCAGGGACCUAAAAGAUGUUUUCUCUAAAAUUUCCAAAUAAUUUCAGUUAGGAUAAGAACCAUAAUUUGGUAGUAUUUUUAAAUGGCUAAGACAGAUAACUAAUUUCUCUGUUUGUGUAUGUACUAUUAUGUAUGAACUGGCCCAGACAAGUUGGAAAGCAAUACAUUUAUGAAACAACUGUAGAACUUGGUUCCUAUAAAAUGCUUUGCGAGACUGAGGAUCAAAAUCUUUGCCAAUAAAAGUAUGAAUUUUCAAGAAAAA